UCAGAAAACCACACUGAUACCUCUGUGCAAGUUUAACACCAUGCAGAGGAAACAACAAAACCUUACAGUUCAUGUUACCAGAAAUGAGAUGUGCUACAGGAUUUGACACAAAAAGCGAGCAAUGCAGGUUGACAGGAUGACAUGUGAGCUUGAUACGCAACACAAGAACAUUCAAAUUCAGGAGCAGUGAUUUUGACAGAAAUGUGCCCAAUGAAUACAUCAGGGAACGAGUCAGAUAUUUACUAUUACUUGGACUAUAAUUCCUCCUGUGAUCAGGAUCCCAGUUCACAUAUCUCCAAUGGAUCCAUGGUCUUGCUGGUUCUCUACUACAUGCUGUUUUGUCUAGGUCUGCUAGGCAACACCACUGUUAUCUGGGUUCUCCUCCGGUACAUAAAGAUGAAGACAAUGACGGACGUAUGCCUCCUCAACCUGGCCAUGUCUGACCUCAUUCUGGCUGCAUCUCUCCCUCUCUGGGCCUACAAUUCUGAGAACCUUGUAUCAUGCAAACUGAUGACAGGAGUCUAUCAGUUGGGUUUCUACAGUGGGACUUUGUUUGUGACUCUAAUGAGCGUAGAUCGCUACCUGGCCAUCGUCCACGCUGUGGCAGCCAUGCGAGCCCGAACACUUCGCUAUGGAAUCAUAGCCAGCAUCAUAACCUGGGUAAUAUCUGUCGUCAUGGCAAUCCCUCAGGUGACAUUUGCCUCCAUUGAGAUGGUGGAAGAAGACAAUGACUCACUCAAGUGCCAGCCUCGGUAUCCAUUGGAGGAGCAGCAGUUUUGGAAGAAGCUGCGAAACUUCAGUGAGAACACAGUAAGCCUUUUUGUGUGCCUCCCCAUCAUGAUUUUCUGCUAUGUGAAAAUCCUUGUUGUGCUGUCAAAGGCCAGGAACUCCAAAAAGAACAGAGCUGUGAGGCUGAUAUUCACCAUAGUGUGUGUGUUUGUGUUGUGCUGGGUGCCCUACAAUGUUACAGUUUUCCUUCAGACACUGCAGCUGUUUGAAUUCCUGAACACCUGCGAGGAUUCAAAAGCCAUCACUUCUACAAUGUGCUUUGCUGAGAUCAUUGCACUGUCUCACUGCUGUGUAAAUCCAGUCAUCUAUGCGUUUGUAGGGGAGAAAUUUAGAAAGUCACUGCGCAACCUGCUGACUAGAUACCUCUGCUGGAGUUACCACAGCAGGGGGGCUUUCAGCUACAGAGAUACCACAGAGAAAGAGACCUCCAACACACCUGUAAAAUCUGAUUAUUAAGAAUGUUAAACAUACUUUGCUUCUGUGUGGUGGUGGUGGUGGGUGCACGUGUGCUUGCAAUGAUGUUUUUCCUUCCCCCAGAAUUCUAAAUUCAGAGACUACAAAGACAGCACAGCAUGAAUGGUGUCAUGCAUUUGGUUGGUUGGUGCUUCUAAGAGCUCUAAGUUACUCAGACUGCACCCAGUAACAAUGAUUCAUUUUGAAAGUGUACAGAUGUUUGUGAACCAAUUAUUCAAAUGGUGUGAUUAAAUGUGUGUUUGUUACUUUUAAAAACCAUGUUGUUCUUGUAAAUUAA